AUGUACGGCACUCACGUCCUCGACCCAUCGGCUGUUGACCCGGGAUCAGCGCCGAUGAACAAGACAAAGGCUUUUGUGACCGCUUUCGAGUACCCCGAAAAGAAGCCGAUGACUACUACUAUGGCUGCACCGAGAAGCCGGAGUCGUGGAGGCAGCUUGUCCUUUUCACAGAGAGACAUUGUCCCAGACCACUCACCGAAACGACACAUCCCACCCAUGAAGUCUCCUAGCCCAGAGCCGGCGCCUCCGUUGUUUGUGCGGGCUAUGUAUGAUUAUGACGCUGAUGACCACACAAGCCUGAGCUUCUGCCGCGGGGAUAUCAUUCAGGUUCUGAACCAGCUAGAGACCGGCUGGUGGGACGGUGUCAUCAACGGCAACGUUCGGGGCUGGUUCCCUAGCAACUACUGCGCCGUGGUUACCGAUCCGCGGGAACUCGAAGAUCAUAUAUCGCACAUUCAAGACGAUGGAGAUAUCAGCGCAGACUCGGGCGCCGGCGAAGAAUUUGAGGAACAUGACGAUGAGGUUGACUCACAUGGCAAUCCUCGCGAUUCUCAGCCAAUACUACCAAUUGAGGGCAUGGAUCCUCCAACUCAACAGGAGGAAGCGGCUUUCUGGAUCCCUCAAGCAACCGCGGAUGGCCGUCUGUUUUAUUUUAAUACUCUCACUGGCUACAGCACCAUGGAGCUCCCGUUUGAAAACCCAUCUGUCAACGAGAAUGGCCCAUACGAUCGCACCAACUUUUUUGUCCCUGACCAGACUCGACCUCCGCCGGAGUUGAUGGCUCGUGGCUUUGAGCGAGACGAGGAUGAUUACGAUGGCUCGGCUUCCGAGGCAGAGGGCGAGUCUCUCAUGCUUGCCUCUCAUGACUCGAUGUCUCGACGACGCCAGUCCUUUAUAGACGGCGUAUCGCCGGCCACGUCUAUGGACUCCCUGCAACCCUUAUCUGCUACAAAAUCUACCGGUGAAGGAAAAAGUCCUCUUGGGCGACACCCUCAGAAGCUCUAUGGCGUUGCAGGUGCAGACAGUAACACGUCGAUCUCCGAGCCCAUGCACAGGCCCUCCGUUUCAUCCGCGGUGUCUCAUCGUUUCAUUGACGACCAUACGUCAACGCCUAUCACCUGGCCUUUGCUUGUGGAUAACAUGUCGCAGGCUGUCGAAGUUUAUCGCCGAACAUUGUUAAACGGCGAUCGUGCAGAGUACGUGAGGAAAGCCGAGGACAUCUCGGACCACCUACGCAUGCUAUUGGCGGCCGGCUCCGACACUACUGAUAACCACUCUGGGAACCCUUCCAUAAUAUCUACCAAUAAGCCCCUGUACCAGCAUUUCAGAGAUAUGAUGUCUAAAUUCUCGAAGUUGGUUCUCUCGUCGCACAUGGCGGCAGCCGAUUGGCCGGGUGUAGAUGCUAUCAACAAGUGUCUUCAGGAAGCCGAUGGUGUCAUGCAGGGCGUUUAUGGCUAUGUUGAAGUCGCAAGACAACAACGUGGCGAAUUUAUUCGUCGGAUUGUACCCGGGUUUGUGAUGGGUAGCUCCUCUGGUGGCUCCUGGCAGAACAAUGGUGUUUCACUAAGCGAUUCUGGUCCCACGUCGUUCCUGGAUCACGAUAACGCGGAUUUGAGACCCGAGCCAACCGUGCCUUUGGAACCUAACGUUUUGGACCAUAUUGAUGUUCUGCGAAGAUCGUUUGUUGGUGCCAUUCGCCGGGUCGAGGAGCGGCUGACUCUUAACCAAAAGAAAAUUGUUACUGUUACCGAACAUGAGGAAAUUGGCGAGUUAAUCGCGGUUGCUGCUGUUAAAGUUGUUGAACAGUUUCGUCCCUGGGUUUCUGCCGUCGAGUCUAUCAACCUCGGGCCUCUGGGAACUAGCUUUCAGAACCCUCAGCUAGUCGAUUUCAGUUUGCAAAAGCAACGAGUUUACGAUGCGAUAGCGGAUUUUGUCCUCAGCUGCCAGGCUGUUUCGGCCCCGCUUGGUGACGAAUGGGCGGAACUACGGGGUGACUCGCUUGAUGAUCGGCUGAAUGCUGUUCGAGGUGUUGCUAGACAACUUGAAAAUUAUGUCUCCCAAAUUGGAUUCUCUCUUUCGCUUCUCCUCGAGCAGGUCCCUGAACCAAACUCUCAACGCACGGAAAGUCGCAUUGGUGACAGGGAGGGGUAUACGGGGUUGCAUAGUCGUACUGAAUCGCGGUCAACCGAGGUCGGUGUGCCAUCAGCGCAUCCGCUCGAGGGAGAGAAAGUGCGUCGUAAUAUGGAUAAGGCGCAAAGAUUCUUUGGACAGGCUCCGCCGGCGGCAAUCACACGAGAACCUGUUCAAAACCUCGCCCGCGAACCUGAAGAGACGCCGUGGUUUUUGAAGAUGGACCACGAAGGUGAAGUGUUUUAUGAUACCAAGAAUGAUAUACCGACCCUCAAAUGUGGUACAUUGGCCGGAUUGGUGGAACACUUGACUCGCCACGAUAAGCCCGACCCAUCUUUCAACAGCACAUUCCUUCUCACUUACCGAUCCUUCACAUCUGCCGCCGAGCUUUUUGAGAUGAUCAUGCAACGAUUCAACGUCCAACCCCCAUUCAGCUUGAACGCCGAUGAGAUGCAGAUCUGGGUUGACAGAAAGCAGAAACCUAUCCGGUUCCGUGUGGUCAAUAUCCUGAAAACUUGGUUCGAGAACUACUGGAUGGAGCCUAAUGACGAGUCGCACAUGCAGCUCCUUGAGCGUGCACAUUCCUUCACCAAGGACUCGAUCGCCACUACGAAAACUCCUGGUUCGACUCAGCUUCUGGCGGUCAUUGAACAGCGUCUCCGGGGUCAGGAUACCACCGUUAAGCGACUGGUGCCUACGCAAGCGACGCCUGCGCCAACUCCUAUCAUCCCUAAGAACAUGAAGAAGCUGAAGUUUUUGGACAUUGAUUCAACGGAAUUCGCUCGUCAGCUCACCAUAAUUGAAUCGCGCCUAUACUCUAAAAUUCGACCCACAGAAUGUUUGAAUAAGACCUGGCAGAAGAAAGUUGGGCCUGAGGAGCCUGAGCCUGCUGCUAAUGUUAAGGCGCUGAUCUUGCACUCGAACCAGCUCACUAAUUGGGUUGCUGAAAUGAUUCUCAAUCAAGGUGAUGUAAAGAAGCGAGUUGUUGUUAUCAAACAUUUCGUGAAUGUUGCAGAUAAAUGCCGGGCCCUGAAUAACUAUUCUACCUUGACAUCUAUUAUCUCAGCCCUUGGAACGGCCCCCAUUCACCGACUAUCUCGCACGUGGGCCCAAGUCAGUGGGCGCACAUCUGCCAUUCUGGAGCAGAUGCGCAGGCUCAUGGCGAGCACAAAGAACUUCGGGGAGUACCGUGAAGCACUUCAUCUCGCUAACCCGCCUUGCAUUCCUUUCUUUGGUGUCUACCUCACGGACUUGACGUUCAUCGAGGACGGUAUCCCAUCUCUUACACCCUCGGAAUUGAUCAACUUGAACAAACGCACGAAAACUGCGGAGGUAAUUCGUGACAUCCAGCAAUACCAGAACUCGCCCUACCUCCUCACCCCUGUUACCGAAUUACAGGAGUAUAUUCUCAGUAAUUUACAGGGGGCGGGGGAUGUGCACGACAUGUACGAACGGAGCUUGGAAGUGGAGCCGCGAGAACGAGAAGACGAAAAAAUUGCGAGACUGCUCUCUGAAUCGGGAUUCCUGUAA